ACUCUUUCGAAUACGGAAAGCGAAAGUCAAUGAGGAAAACCGUCUGCACCUGCGAGGGCUUUGUUUGUUCCUGCACGGAAUGACUCACGCGUAUAGGGAUUCAGGCAGGGCAGGCCUGAAAAAUGAGGACUUUGUGGACAUAUUGGAGGAGAGGCGGCGCAGCAGUGAUCUUGGCCAUGCCCUCAGGAGCUUUAACCCCCACCCCUACCAGGGAGCUCCACCCUGCUCCACGGCUGAACUCAACAAAGCCGUGCUGGAGUCCCAGUAUCUACGCUAUGUAACCAAAGAGAUCGCCAUGGAGACGGGGUCAUCGGUGGAGGAGGUGCAAGAGGAGGCUUGUGGGAUUAUGGAGGAAAUGUCUCAAAACCUGCAGCUGGGGUUUAUCAGGCUGAUGGGCUACACACUAACCAAGGUGCUCAAGAGGCUCUUCACCAGCGUCUUUGUCAACAUGGAAGGCCUCAACACGCUCCAACAAGCUAUUCAGGAGUCUCCUGUGAUCCUGAUGCCCAAUCACAGGAGUUAUGUGGACUUCUUAGUGAUCUCCUACAUCCUGUUCACCUACGACAUCCCUUUACCUGUUAUUGCUGCAGGAAUUCCUCUUGCAGGGAUGAAGAUGGUAGGAGAGAUCCUGCGUCGCUCUGGAGCUUUCUUUAUCCGACGUGCCAUCGGCUCUGACAAACUGUACUGGGCGGUGCUGUCAGAAUAUGUCAAAACCAUCAUCAGGAAAGGACAUGCUCCCAUGGAGUUUUAUGUGGAAGGGUUGAGGAGUCGCACACUGAAGUCCCUGAUGCCUAAAUUAGGUAUGAUGCACAUGGUGCUGGAGCCCUACUUUAAAGGUGAGGUGUUUGACGUCACACUGGUGCCCGUCAGUAUCAGCUACGACCGAGUGCUGGAGGAGUCGCUGCUUGCCCACGAGUUACUGGGUGUCCCCAAGCCCAAAGAAAGCACCACGGGUCUGCUGAAGGCUAGCAAAGUGCUUCAGGAAGAUUACGGCACCAUGCAUGUGAACUUUGGCCAUCCCCUGUCAGUCAGACAGCUUUGCCAGGGCAAGAUAAAUCGCUGCCAAUACAACCUCAUACCCAGAGAUCUUCCUCAGAGGCCCACAGCAGAGGCUCAGGCCUGUGUGAGCUGGCUGGCUCAUCUGAUGGUACGACUCCAAGAAGAGGGCUCUCUGAUCAGCCCAUGGUCUCUGAUGGCCUGCCUGUUGCUCCAGGCUCCUAUCACAGUAUUAACAAAGGAGGGUCUUCUGUGGCAGCAGCUCACAGAGAAAACCCUCUGGCUCAGGAAGCUGGCGCUGGACUACGGGGCUCGUCUGAACUGGCAUGGACAAGCCGCCGACUCCGACGUGAUGUCAUCCACCGUGGCCCUUCAUCGUUCCGUAGUUCAUCACAAAGCGGGACGUGUCUACCUGGUUCAGGAGGAAGAGACAGCGAGGAAGCAUCCAAUCAGCCCAGAGGAGGGUGUGAUAAAGAUAGCGGCAGCGGUGCUGAUGCUGGCCUCCUAUAGGAAUCAGGCGCUGCACGUUUUUGUGCGUCCGGCCCUGCUCGCGACCGCCAUUCACAUCACAAAGAGCACACGGAGAGACGAGCUCUUCACCUUCUUCUGCUUCCUGCAGGAGCUCUUUUCCUACGAGUUCAUCUUCAUCCCUGACAAGUUGUCUCAGGACUUUGAGGAGGCGUGCUUCCUCCUGAAGAAAUGUGGAGCAGUCCACCUGAGCCAGCAGGAAGUAACACUGUCAGACACAGGGCUGGAGGCGCUGUCCUUCCUGCAGGCACUACUACAACCCUUCAUAGAUUCCUAUCAGGUGAUGUUCAGGUACCUCUCUGAAGAUGAGGUUCAUGUGUUCACAGAGAAACAGGUCCUACCUGCUGUGAGAAACCUGGCUACAAAGCUCAUCCUCUCAGGUGAGCUUCACACCUAUGAAGCCCUUUCAUCUGACACACAGAAAAACGUUUUGUCGGCUCUGCGACGACUGGAGGCUGUGACAAAGUUCAAGGCGUCUGAGCAGAGUGAAUACAAAGUGAACAAAGCAGCUGUUAGAAGAAUUGGAGACAUACUUUUGGGGAAAAUCCUUCCCCAGAUGCUCCAGACUACACCUGAUGCGAGGCUUUAGUCUCCAAUGGAAUAGAUCCAUCCUAAGUAUCAGCCCUUAGUCCUGUUCACCCCUGUUUGACCCCGUCCUCCUCUCCCUUUUCACAUCUUUGUCCUCAUCCUCUUCCCUCGGAGCCGUUAUGCAGAACUGCUGCACCUUAACUCUGAGCUCUCAGACAAAAUACUUUAUCCUGGAUGCCGGACUUAACCUGGCUGCGUUCCACUCUUGAACAUUCACUACCUCCCCCUCUCCAUGUCCUUGCUCUCAUCCCUUACAGAUCUGACAGGGCUAAGAUAAAGCUACAAACACCUGGCAUGGUGACCCAAAGGUGACGGUGUAGCUGAUUUUGUUUGACGUUAUAAUCAGAAUUAGUUUUUGAUGAAAACAGUUUUUAAAUUAAAACAAAAAAGUGCCUUCCUGCCCUUCCAGGUGUGACAGAAGCAUUGGUGAUGCCUGUGGACUAUGACUUCAUUUUAAUAACUUACAUUGUGUUAAUACAUUUUUAACUUUCUGUUCCAGAUUUAUUGUUGAUUGAUACGACUGAUAGUGUGAAUGAGCAAAAAAGCACUGAUAAAUAAACUGUCUGCUGACUUAAGCCCAAUUAGAUAGUAAACACCGACACUGAAUUAUGACACUUGAUUGUAUGUGCAUUAAUGUAGCAAUAAGGUAUAAAUAUCACAACAAUGUCAACCAAUCAAACACGUGAGAUUUUGUUUGAGAAAUUUAUUUUAACUUCUUUACAUCUCAAUAAAUGUAA